AUGAAAUUUAAGGAUGCUACCUCACCCUCUCAAGCAGCGGCUAACUUUGCAGAACAUGCAACCCUAGUUUCCAGAGUUGUUGUACAACUUUCAAGGCAGAAAUGGAACAUGAAAUUUAAGGAUACUACCGCUUCUGCUCAAGCACCGGAUGAGCAGAAUUGGAACAUGAAAUUAAAUGAUGCUAACGUUGCUGCUCAAGCAGUGACUGAGUUUGCGGAACAUGCAAGCCCAGGUGCCAGAGACGUUGCAGAAUUGGAACAUGAAAUUAAGGAUGCUGCCUCUGCUGCUCAAGCAGCGGCAGAAUUGAACAUGAAAUCUAAAGAUGCUACCUCUGCUUCUCAAGCAUCGGCGGAAUUUGCAGAACAUGCAACCCUAGUUUCCAGAGCUGUUGAUGCUGCCUCUGCUUCUCAAGCAGCGGCUGAGUUUGCAGAACAUGCUAGCCUAGCUGCCAGGGCUACUGGAGAACUUUCAAG